UUUUCAUGUUUGAGUUUUUCUUUGUCUAAAUAGCGACGAAAUUUAUAUUCAUAAUCUUUCCUAUUGUGAAUCAGUUGGAAGAAGAAACUACAACAGCUGCAGUUCUUUCUGGUGAUGGAAUAUCCAAAUUAGACGGAGCUUCCGAGGCUGAGCAAGCAGGCCCCACUCCUCAAGUAAAUGAUGAGAUGGAUAUAGGAGUUCAUCAACAUAGAAGGGGAAGAAAACCGAACUCUUUGAUGAGGCCGGAAGAAGGCUACGAACAUAUUUGGACAAUCGGAGAAGAGAAUUCCUCUAAAGUAUCUCGUGAUUCUGUCGAGGAAGCAAAUACGGGCAAACGGGGUCGGUCCAAGGUGGUAAAGGAGAGGGGUUCGAAAAGCUUUAAGAAAACUGCAGGAUUGAGUACUGCAGAGAAGGGAGAAGGCAGCCAUAGAUGUACUGCUUCGGUAGGAAAAGAUAAGUUGUCGCUUCAAGAACCUGACGGGAGGAAAGAAAUCGGGAACGAAAUUAAUUCCCAGAAUCACGAGUCGAGGGAUGAUGUUGCCUCAUCGAAUACAAUCCUCUCGGAAACAAGAACAUAAGUCCUGCAAAAGAGCCUGUAGGGUCAAUAAGUGAAGGCCGUAGUCUCGUUAAAUCUUGAGAUACUAUUCAAGUACGAGAAAAGCCGAGUUGGCAAGUGCCAAGAAAGUUGCGGGAACCACGGCGAGAACAUAAAUAAUAUUUGUUUAUAUUUUCGGAGGAA